AUGCGUUCCGUCGCCUUCCUGUCGUUCCUCUCCCUGGCUGCAGCCGCCCCCGUCCUGAAGGCCCGCUCCGGCACGCCCAUCCCCGGCUCCUACAUUGUCAUGCUCAAGGAUGGCGGUGUUACGGCCUUCAGCGAGGAGUUUACCACGCUCCUGUCGAGCGUCGAGAAGACCCACGACUUCGACGCCCUCAAUGGUUUCGCUGCCACCCUCAGUGCCGAUGAGCUCAAGGCCCUUGAGAGCUCCCCGGAGGUUGACUACAUUGAGGAGAACGCCGAGGUGAACAUCAACGCCUACACCACCCAGACCAGUGCUCCUUGGGGUAUUGCCCGCCUGUCCAGCAGUGGCACUGGCUCGACCAGCUACACCUACGACAGCUCGGCCGGCAGCGGAGUCUGCGCCUACAUUGUGGAUACUGGCAUCCUGGUCUCCCACUCUGACUUUGGCGGACGUGCCACCUGGGCCACCAACACCAUCGACAGCAGCAACACCGACGGCAACGGCCACGGCACCCACGUUUCCGGCACCGUCGCUGGCACCAAGUACGGCGUCGCCAAGGCUGCGAGCCUGUACGCCGUCAAGGUCCUCAACGCCAGCGGCAGUGGCAGCACUGCCAGCGUCGUUGGCGGCCUCAACUACGUCGUCACCGACGCGCCCCGCCGCAGCUGUCCCAAGGGCGUCGUUGUCAACAUGAGCCUGGGUGGUGGCAACAGCGCCGCCCUCAACGCCGCCGCCCGCGCCGUUGUCAACGCCGGCCACUUCCUGGCCGUCGCCGCCGGCAACGACAACACCAACGCUGCCAACACCUCGCCCGCCAACGAGCCCCUCGCCUGCACCGUCGGCGCCACCACCUCGACCGACGCCCGCUCCAGCUUCUCCAACUACGGCGCCGUCGUCGACGUCUGGGCCCCCGGCACCAGCGUCCUGAGCUCCUGGAUCGGCAGCAGCAACUCCGCCACCAACACCAUCUCGGGCACCAGCAUGGCCUCGCCCCACAUUGCCGGCCUUGGCGCCUACCUCCUGAGCUUCCUGGGCCCCCGCAGCGGAACUGCCCUGUGCGACUACAUCGCGUCCACCGCCCAGAACGGCCGCAUCUCGGGCAUCCCCUCGGGCACCGUCAACAAGCUUGCCUUCAACGGCAACCCGUCUGCUUAA